AUGCCUGUCUGUCUGGAUGACAAAGCGGAUUUUCGACCCUCUCCAGCCUAUGCAGUGUCGCGUGACCUCCAUUCCGAAGACGAAGUUGCCGAUGAAAUGCAGAGUCUGCGCAAUGACAAGGCGUCAAGAAAGGACGAUAGUCCCACUGAAAUCUAUGAGGCUUGUGUCGGCACUCUGGUUCCUAGGCUUCGUAAGGCGAUUGGACGAGCGUGGACAGAUCAGGCCGUUCCUGAUAACUGGGGCUCAGGAAUCCUUAUACUUGUCCACAAGAAGAAUGAUACGAUAAUUUGUGAGAACUAA